AUGGGUUCGACAGCAGCCGAAGGCCGAGUUCUCACUCAGGUUCUGGAUGACCUAGCGCAGAAGAGCCCUGACUCCCUCUGGUGCAUCCAUCCCGUGUCUCAGGAUGACAAGUACGAAUGGCGCCAUAUUAGUUUUCAGCAAUUUGCCCAAGCAGUGGAUCGGCUGGCUUGGUGGAUCGACCAGAAGCUGGAUGGACAGAGAAAUCCGAAGGUCCUGGCAUACAUUGGAACAAAUGAUCUGAGAUACGCAGCGUUCAUAUUGGCAUUACUUGACGAGCUGGUAACUGCUUGUUCUGAUCUUCCACUUGAACGAUGGAAUAUCGACCCCAUGUGGAAGGUGUUCGCAUCGGACCCAGUUCCCCACUACCCUCACGACGUGCACUAUGCCGAUGUGGAGGAUGUAACUAUCACUAUCAUCCACAGCUCUGGUACCACAGGAAACCCAAAGCCUGUGAGGUUGACACAUGGGUAUUACGCUUUUUUUGAUAACCUGCGGUCGUUUCCUGUACCUCCUGGACGGCAGAUUGGCCAGAUGUACCUCUACCGCCAAGGCGAACUGCGCUUCUUCAACAACCCAAUGUUCCAUGUGAUGGGGAUUCUUUCCAUCACCGAAUGUCUUUUUUUUGAGACUCCAUUUUUAUUUGCUCCAGACCGCCCAUUAACUCCGAGUCUGUUUGCUCACAUAAUGAAUCAGGAUUAUCAUCCUACCUGGGGCCUUUUUACGCCUUACAAUCUUGAAACACUCGCUGCCUCAGAAGAAGGAUUAGGAGCCUUGAAAAAGCUUUCAGCCGUCAAUUUUGCUGGUGCACCCAUGGCACAGGCCACUGGGGAUAAAUUGUCGUCGAUCUUCAGAGUGCAAAGUAUCAUUGGAAGUAGCGAGACCGGCUAUACACCCACAUUGCUCUGCGAAGACCCCGCAGAUUGGGGCUAUCUGGAGUGGAUUCCGGAGUACGACUUGCGCAUGGAAGAAGUCGGUGACGGGCUGCGAGAGUUGAUUUUGGAACGGCCAAACACACGUCGACAUCAUCCAAUCUUCCACACGCAUCCACAUCUCGCGGAAUAUCGAACUGGUGAUCUCUUUCGACCCCAUCCCUCCAAGCCUGGGCUGUGGCGCUAUGAAGGCCGAGGCGAUGAUAUAAUUGUCUUGAGUAAUGGAGAGAAAUUCAACCCCAUUGAAGCCGAAAAACUAGUGGAAUCUCAUCACCUGGUCAAAUUCGCGGCUGUAUUUGGCAAAGAUCGUUUCCAAUCAUCUUUGCUGAUUGAGCCUGACUGGGAGAAGUUGCCCUCUAACUGGACACCUGACUGGCUGAAGAAGACACUUUUACCUUUAAUUGAGCAGGCAAAUGCCCUAUUGCCAGGUCAUGGGAAGAUCUUUGAAAGUCACAUUACCUUUGCUUCUCGCGACAAGCCCUUUUCGCUAUCACCGAAGGGAACAUUGCGCCGACGGGUUAUUGCAAAAACCUAUGACGCAGUUCUGGAUGGGCUUUAUAGCUCCAAAUUUGUCGUGGCGCGCCCUGCUAAAAAGGCGAAAGAGGUGCCAGGGCUGAGUCUGCCUGAGAUACAGCAAUGGGUCCAAGAACAGGUAGCGGGAAUUAUGGCUUGUGAUAUCAUCGAUUUAGAGGAUGACCUUGCAACACUGGGAAUCGACUCGCUUCAGGUAGUCAGACUUACUCAAAUCCUGCAAAGUGCCGAGCAAAAACUACCCCAGGUUCAGAAGCCAAUAGCUUGGACCAGCGCUAUGAUCUACGAUCUGGCUACUAUCUCACGAGUGACCCAUACUCUGUACAAGCACAUACAUGGCCGCGAUCCCGAGACUACAACCGAAAAGACUCCAUUUUGGUCAAGAGAAGCCAGUUUAACAAAGUUGAUCUGGCAGCAAGCGCAGUUCCUUGGCGCCGGUGGAUUGACGGUGGCAUUGACCGGGUCCACUGGAGAGCUGGGCAGCUUUCUCUUGGGCUCACUGUUGCAAGAUCCAACAGUUCAUCAGAUUUAUUGUCUGAAUCGAUCAUCGGAUGCGGCAGAGCGACAGGUGGCAAGCUUUGAAAAGAAGAAGUUAUGUAGCGCUUGGUUAACAGAGACAUCCCGUGUUCAAUUCUGGCUCAGCAGUCUCCAUGAAGAAAAUUUAGGAUUGACACUCGAUAAGUACAACUUCCUCGAGAAAAACAUUGACGUGUUAAUUCAUAAUGCAUGGCCUGUGAACUUCAAUCAACCAAUCGCCAACUUCGAGCCUCAGAUCAUCGGAGUACGGCGACUACUGACCCUCAUUGAGCAUUCGUCUCGCGAUGCAGAUUUCCAUUUUGUCUCUUCCGUCUCAACUAUCCUUGGUAAGUCGGUGAAACCGCAUUCAUUCAUUUCAGAAUCGCUGCAGGAAAUGUCAGCGGCUCUUCAGCAGGGAUACGGAGAGUCCAAAUUCGUGGGCGAGGCCCUCUGCGGCAUUUCUUCCCACCGAAAAGGAUCACGAAUCGCCAUACACCGUGUUGGGCAACUAGGUGGCCCUUCCAAUCCCGAUGCAGGAAUGUGGAAUGUACGUGAUUGGGUCCCUGCUCUUGUGCGGUCCUCAAAAACAAUGCAAAAACUUCCCAAUAGCUUGGGUCCAUUUCAAGUGAACUGGUUGCCGAUUGAUAUCGCCGCUCGGAUAAUGACGGAGAUUGUACAGAGUCGACGUGAAAAGGCGACGCCCGAUCUGACGAUAUAUCACAUCAUUAACCGACAGACAACAGACUGGAAAGCACUGGCUGCCACAGUUGCAAAGGCAUGCGAUGCCAGCAUCGUUCCUCUGAAUGAAUGGGUACAAGCUCUGGAGCAACUGGUUGCAAGUGAGGAUACCGAUCUCACCGGUCUUCCCGCUGCGAGUCUUUUAGAUUUCUUCCGUAUGCUCGCCAAACAACAGAAUUCUCCAAAGCCGACGUUGGACCACCAAAAUUCUCGAAGGGAUUCCGAACAAUUACGCGCUCUAGGCCCUGUGGAUGAUCAAUUGAUGAGGGUGUGGCUGCGACAAUGGAAGGAAUGGAUUCCAGGCCUUGUAAUUUGA